AUAAUCUGAAUAAAUUUUAUCACUAUUAAUGUUUGUUGUAUUUAAAAACCCGGACGAAACUCUAGUAGAUUACAAAUUCAAAUAAUGGCGCCACUGUGCGCGACACGCGAGUAUUAUGAAAGACCCAACGCUGCGCGACUAGUCUGAAGUGUGCUGCAAAUCACACAAAAAAAUCACAACACCCAAACAAAAAAUGGGCAAAAAAAUGUUGGUAACACCGGUGCGCUAAAAAAGCUUGCAAACUUCACGCACCUAACCUGCGCUGGACAUCGACUCGUCCGUAUCUCUAAACUCUGGGAAAAUGUAUAUUGAUUUUUCAAAGAAAAGUCAACCGAUGUAACAAAACACCGUUCGCGGAGUGUUUAUACGUGUACCGAAGUGCUGUGGUCGAUGUGCUGUGUCGUCGAGAUGAUGCGACGGUGUUCGUCGUCGCGUUUUGAGUGAGAUUGGAGAGAGUGUUGCGUCGCUCGGCCGACGGCCCGGAGCCCGGCCGCGGCCAGGGCCUGGGCGCGCCAUGGACGCCGGCGCUGCUGACCCGCUGCGAGUGGCCAGGCCGGAGGAGGGCGAAGAGAAGCCGAAGCCGACGGAGAACCAGGACGACGGGUACGAGACGAGCAACAGCGGCGAGGCGGCGCGCCGCAAGCCCUCGAGCGCGGAGGGCUCGCCCGCGCCGCCUGCCGAGCCCUCGCCGCCGCCCGACCCGCCGUACGAGCCCCUCAUGCGGCACUACGAGCCCGAGCCGGAGCCCUACCGGCACUUCGAGCCGCCCGCGCCGCCGCCUCCGCAGCCCGAGCCGCAGUACCAGCACUUCCCCUUCCCCAAGUACGGCGGCGACCCGUACGCCUUCAAGCGCGAGCCCGAGGUGGCGUACGACAUGAGCCAGCAUCACCAGUACGGCGCGCCCGGCAAGCGCGACGCGCACGAAGACAUGUACAACGGCAUCAAGCGCGAGUGCGACGACCCCUACUCCUUCGUGGAGGAGGAGGCCAUGUGCGCCAUGCUGGCGGCCCCGCAGCACCACGCCGUGCCGCCGCAUCUGCAGCACCACGACCACCACCACAUGCUGCACCCGCAGCAGAUGCUGCUCGCGCAGCCCAAGAAGCGCGGCCGCAAGAAGAAGAUCAAGGACGAGAACGGCAUGGAGAUAAAGGUGGAGCCGGGCAUGGAGGGCGCGCUGGCGCCGCGGCCCGUCAAGGAGCGCAAGAAGCACGACCGCUUCAACGGCAUGAGCGAGGAGGAGGUGUCGCGCCGCACGCUGCCCGACCACCUCGCCGAGAACCUCGACAUCAUCAUUAUCGGCAUAAACCCGGGACUGUUCGCAGCGUACAAGGGGCACCACUACGCGGGCCCCGGGAACCACUUCUGGAAGUGCCUGUACCUGUCCGGCCUCACUCGGGAACAGAUGAGCGCGGACGAAGACUACAAGCUGUUGAACUUCGGCAUCGGUUUCACGAACAUGGUGGCGCGGCCCACGAAGGGCUCCGCGGACCUGACGCGGCGCGAGAUCAAGGAGGGCUCGGCCAUCCUGCUGGAGAAGCUGCAGACCUUCCGCCCCAAGGUGGCCGUGUUCAACGGCAAGCUCAUCUACGAGGUCUUCUCCGGGAAGAAGGACUUCUGCUUCGGCAAACAGCCUGACACCAUAGCGGGGACUAACACUUACAUGUGGGUGAUGCCGUCGUCGUCGGCCCGCUGCGCGCAGCUGCCGCGCGCCGCCGACAAGGUCCCGUUCUACGCGGCGCUCAAGAAGUUCCGCGACUUCCUCAACGGGCUGGUCGCGCACGUGGACGAGGCCGAGCUCGUGUUCCCCGACAACACCAGCCGCCGCCCGCAGGAGGAGAUGGAGAUACGCAGACUGACCAUGGAACCGGAGCCGGGCGACACCAUCAUCCUGGAGGACGGGACCGAGGUGCCGCUGAAGAAGAAGCGCGGCCGGCCCAAGAAGGUGAAGCUGGAGAACGGCGAGGUGGCCCCGCCCACGCCGCGGGCCCCGCGCCAGCCGCGCCCGCCGCCCGCGCCCGACGCCGCCGACCAGCCGCCCAAGAAGAAGCGCGGCCGCCCCAAGAAGAUCCGCCCUGAGGAGCAGCAGUUCCUGCUGCAGCACCAGCAGCAUCAACAACAGCAACAGUCGAGCGCGCUGGUGUCGCAGGGCGGCGCGCUGGCGGGGCUGCAGCCGCUGCACGCGCACGGCGCGCACGCCGGGCACGCGGGCCACGCGCACGCGCUGCCGCACGACCAGGGCUACCUGGCCGCCGUGAGCGGGGACUUCCCGCCGCAGCUGCCCUCGCCCGGCCUGCUCUACCCGCACCAGCAGCACCAGCAGCUCACCAACGACGCCGGGAACUACUUCCAGCAGCAGCCGCCCAACUCAGGCAUGGACUCCCCGCUGGACGUGGGGUCCGCGCUGGGCGGGCUGUCGCGCGGCUACUCGUCCCCGGGCGGGCCGGGCGGGCCGGGCGCGGGCUACGCGGGCUCGCCCCGCGCCGUGUACGCGUCGCCGCGCUCGCAGGGCUACUCGCCCAGCCCCGCGCGACCCGCCGGCACGCCGCAGCCGCAGGAGCAAACGCUUCUGCACCAGUUCCCGUCGAGCCCGGCCGCGUUCUCCGCGCCGUCGCCGCCGCGCGCGGGCGCGGGCGCGGGCUACGGCUCGCCCGCCGCCCGCGCCGCGCCCUUCAGCGGCCGCAGCCCGCUGUACGCGCACAGCCCCGCGCCCUACCCGCACCAGCAGGCACAGCAGAGUCCGGCCCCGCAGGCGCGGUUCUCGCAGUCCCCGCACCCACAUCACCCACACCCCUACUCACACUCGCCCGCGCCACAGUCGCAGGCGCGGCCGUACUCCCGCUCGCCGGCGCCGGUGUCGGGCGGCGGCACCACGCCGUUCCCCGCGGCGUCCCCGGCGGGCGGGCUGCACAGCUACACGCCGUCGCCCGCGCACACGCCCUACAGCCAGCACUCGUCGCCCGCGCCCUCGCGCACGCCCACCUACACCGACUCGCACCACUUCGCGCCGCAGGGCGGCAGUGGCACGAGCGGCAGCGGCAGCGGCUACGGCGGCGAGCUGUCGCACGAGAUCGGCGCGGCCAUCUCGUCGCCGGCGCCCGUGUCGCCGGGCAUGGCGGCGCUGGACUUCGAGCCGCCGCGGGACCCGCGCGACGACGCCGAGCGCGACCACAGCCCCAUGGGCAGCACGGACAUGCACCCGGGCUCCAACAGCAACUCGUCGCUGUCCGACUACAACAAGACGUCGGGCGGCAGCGACAUGUCGCCGGCCGGCGUCGUGGGCGCCAACACCUUCGGCGGCGCGCUCUACGAGGGCGAGCAGCGGCUGCAGUACUCGCACCUGCAUCACACGCACAGCCCCGCGCCGCUCGACAAGCAGGACCACUACUACCGCCAGGACCAAGGUUCUGGUGUCGGAGACAGCCCUAGAUUAGACCAGAUGCACCAGCAUCCAUCGUCCAUGUAUCCUAGCAAUUUCAAUAGCAGAUCGACGCCACCGUCCGGCUCGGGCGACGGCUUCCCUGCGGCGUUCCGGCCGCCGGACGCGCCGCACACGCCGCACGCAGACCACGCACCUCACACUCCACACCAUCACCAGCCCGGUUCUCCCGGCGAGUACGCGGGCGCGGUGAAGCCCAAGGCGCAAGACGUAGCGUCCAAGUCACUGUCGGGGCUGGAGUCGCUGGUGGACCAGAUCCCGUCCAUCGCGGAGGGCCCGGGGGGCGCGGCGGCGGCGGGCGCGGGCCCGGGCCCGUCCCCCGCGCCCGACCAGGCGCCCGCCGCCGUGGCCGCGCUGCCCGACUACGCGCCGGCGCUCUACCCGCCCUACGGCGCGUACGGCGGCGCCGCCUACGGGAACAACGGCUACGGCGGGCCGUUCGUGGGCUACGGCGGCGGCUGGGGCACGGCGGUGAUGCGGCCGACGCCGGGCUACCUGUCGGAGUGGCAGUACGGCUACCCGGCGGGCGUGCCAGCGGGCUACGCGCCCUACAACGCGCCCUACUACAACGGCUACGCGGGCCCGCCGCCCGCGCACCAUCAGCAGGCUCACUACCUGUCGGCGCCGCCGCUGCUGGAGCUGCACAAGAACGGCGAGCACUCGGGCGGCGUGCCCGCCGUGCCCGCCGUGCCCAGCGUGCCCAGCGUGGGCUUCGGCGGCUUCUGCUAGGCCCGAGCCGGACGCCAGUGCCACAGUGCGCGGGACGAGUGUCGGUGUCGCGACAGCGAUAUACUUUCCUAGAGUAAGUAGCGAAAUUGGACUGAAGUAUCGACGCGAAGGCUCGAAUUAGUCGACAGAUGUUUUGUAAAGCAAUCGUUAGUGAUGUAAUUUAAUCUUUUUCAAACUGAGGAGCUUAAUUUGUAGGAUUUAUUUGUAAAUAUUGUAUGUAUUAUUUUUGUUUCGGUCCAUCACAUAAGUUAAUUUAACUGAUCGCUAGUUACAUCACAGUGGUGUCGCGGUGUUACGUACGCAGUUCCGUUAGUGUCGUGAGCAUUACUCGACGUAACGCGGGAGGUUUGCCUGGGAGCGGGGAGCGCGACGCGAGAACUAUCGUACUUAAUUUAUUCGGAAUGUCUGUGAUCUUCAGUGAUGUCUAACAAUAAAUAAUAAAUGGCCAUUUUUAUUGCCAUACUGAAAAAUAACUAGUGUUCGGAAUUAGAGGUCGCGUGUCGGCGAGGCCCGCGGCGCUCGUUAUACGAAGUCUUGCCAAUGAUGUGUUUCGCGUUCUAGUCACUUACUAAUUCGUGUCGGCUAGUCAAAUUGUUAAAAGUUGUACCGCUCGCUGUACCUCGCUCCCACACAAAUUGCUCGAAUAAAAAUAUUUUAUCUAAGUCACAAGAACGGCCUAUGAGAUAUAUAAUGUAUACUUUUAUUUAGAUUUUAGUUAACUUACACCGUCAUAUCAAUUGUGACGCUAUUUAUAACUCAAGUUUAGCAUUUGAUAAAUAUAUUUUUACAGUCGCAGGAGGCGGCCUUUUAUUGUAAGCGGUCGUUGACCUUAACCAGUGCACAAACGCCGGCCGCGUGCGGCCCGUAGCGCGCGCUACGUACGCUACGUACGCUACGUACGCCGCGUACGCCGCGUACCGCGCGGUACUGGCGUGCGUAGGGUGCGCUACGUGUAGUGGGGGCGCGGCCCUCGGCAUGCCAUCAACACCGUGCAUUUGACUAAACGUUACCCGAACAGUUACGUUAGUUUCGGAUCGCUAGUGAAUAGCAUAAUUUUACAUAAUAUUGUAACCUAUAUUUUAUUAUACAUGCGCCAUUUUAUUGUAAGGCUACACGGUGAGACCGAGCAUGUUGUGUCGGUUUGUCUGUCCGUCGUUCUGUUUGUGUGUAUAUGGGUCCUGACGUUGUUACCAGCUAAGUUAAUCGUGUUCGCAGUAUACAUGUGGUGUACAGUAGCCCGCGGCCGGGCAGACCGGCCGUGCUUGGUCGCCGCCGUCUUGUUGUACCGUAUGACUGGUUAUACCCUCUCUAGGUUUAGUUUAACGUUAACGCGAUGCAUAAUGUUUACAUAGGGUGCUGAUGGGUUCACUUGUUUCCUUGUUUACAGUAACGCGAGUACGGUUCUUAUAUGAAUUCGCAGCGGUUUCGUAUUGUUUGUAAGUCUUUAGUAUGUUGUUGAAGUUUUAUUUAACUCGUGAUGGUGUAUGAGGUCUCGGUCUCGGGUCGAGCAGCGCCGGGCUCCGGCCGCAUCGGGAGGAAAACAAUCUUGUACAAAAAUACUUAAAUUAGUAAAGUCUUUUCUUUGCACAAAAUGAUUUAAAAGUCUUAAAUAUAAGCUAAAAACGAAAUAACAUACGUAAUAAAGACAUAUACGUUAAUGAUAGGUUUACUCGGAAGAAUUUAUAUGAUAGUUAAUUGGUCGGGGUGUAGUCACCGGAGGUAGGCUCGUGGCUCGUGUCGCGCCGUCGUCUCUACACGUUUUAUACUAAACUAAACAUUUUACUGCGCAUGGGAGUGAUGACGUCAUAGAUUCUAGAUGAUCUCCAACAAUGUUCUGGUCUGGCUUAGGAUUAGGUUUUAUCGUACGAAUACGUGCCGCAGCACUAAUGCAAUGCGUCUUUUUUUAUUUCGUAUUUCAAAAGGGGAAACAUGAUAAUUUAAAAAAAAUGAAAUCAACAGGGUAUUUAAGAUUGCUUAAGAUAUAUUAUUUUAUAUUUAUUAUUACUUUUUGUCGAUGCGUGCUUGCCUGGCGCCAUUUGUUUAGUGUUACUGACGUUCGUUUAGCGCGCGCCGCGACUGCGGGGCGACUCUGUACGUUCACAAUAACGACGCCUUUGUACAUAAUGAGUGCUUUAUUACGCUUUUUUGAUAUUAUAUUUUUUAUUUAAAGUAAAUAUUACAAUAAUACUAUUUCUAUAUUUUUGCUUUUAUUUUGUACAUUAACGAGGUCGUGUAUUAUGUGUAUGUAUUCAGAACAUUUUUGUUCGCAUCAUGUGUGAUAGUAUUCUUGACGUUAAUGUGCAGAUAAUUUAUAUUGUCUUAGCAUUACAUUCACGAUUACUUAUUGAUCGGAACGUGUUUAUGUGAUAAGGGCGGUGUGGCCACGACGGUGAACUCCCGCUCCCCGCGCGACCGCGCCACUGCUCCUUCACGUGCAUAUGUUAAGAGCUGUGAUCUGUAUGAAGCGAUAUCAUUCUAGUACUUAAUAUGUUUCUACAAAUCGUCUUCGUCCCGCUUCUACUUCAUCUAAUCUCAUUUGUUGUCGGAUGGUUUCUAGUACCGGGUUAUCGUGGUGUGUCCACACCCAACGAAAAUAAGGCCUACAUACGCAGCGCGGCCGCGCCGUGCGGCUGCUGGCCUGCUCAGCGUAGGCGACAGACACCCGCCGCGGUCCGGCCACCGACAGGGCCGGUUGUCUCCCGCCUACGCUGACCAUCGCGUAAUUCUAGGUUUUGUCAUCUCUCUCGAAUAAGACUUAUCGGCCAAUAUUCCUUCCUGCAACGGAGUGCAAUGUCGGGAGAUUAGUGUUCUGUCUCGUAAUUUUAUCUCUAUUGUUAUUAUUAUAUUUUUAUUAUAUUAAAUUGUAGUUACGUCGUGGAUAAUAGUGUCGGAAAGAGCCGCUUGCACUCGACCGUUCGGCUGACACGAGUGACUUUCGACUUUCCUAUCAGGUGCAUAAAGAUAAGAUUUGUACGAUAGACAUAGAGGCGAGCGGAGAGGUCGGUCGUGCUGGACUAAACUGUAGCUUAAUGUAAGUCUCUAUCAACGAGUUAGUGUUAGUGUUGUACCGCGCGCGGGCCGGCCGCCGCGACCGC